AUGGACUGGCAGGAGAAGGAGGUGCUGGUGAUCGACGAGGUCAGCAUGCUCGGGGCGCGCACGCUGCACGCGUUCCGGCCGGUGCAGGAGCGGUCGAUCCUGCUGCCGAGCGCGGCGGUGCCGUGGGACGCGGACGGCGCGUUCGCGGCCGAGCAGCGGCGGCAGCACGAUAAGGCGCACGCGCUAUGGAGGAAGUUUACGACGGUCGUCAUGCUCGACGAGCAGAUGCGCGCCGCCGGCGACCCGGAGCUACGGCGGCUGCUCGGGCGGAUCCGGCGGGGGGAGCAGGACCGGUCGGACCUAGACCUCCUCAACUCGAGGUGCUACCGGGCGGGCAGGCGGAUACCGUGGGAGACUGGGGUGACGGUGGUGACGCCGCUUAACAGGAAUCGCUGGAACCUCAACCUAGAGGCGGCCCUCGCGUUCCGGGCCCGGCAACGGACGGCGGCGCGCAUCUUCGUCUCCGAGCAUAAGUGGAGGGACGGCACGCCGACGGAGGAGGAGGCGGUGCUGAUGCUAGGCCAGGGCGACGACAGCGCGACUCCGGUGCCGGCCGUCUUCCUCUUCGUGCCCGGCAUGCCGGUCGUCGUGAACCAGAACACGCACCAGGGGCUGAAGCUAGUGAACGGGGCCGGGUACACGGCGGUCGACGUCAUACCCGACCGGGCCUUCCCCGGCCACCGGGUCUCGGCGGAGCUGACAAUGCACUUCGGGCCGCCGGUCGGCAUGGUGCUGGCCUCGGAGACGACCAAGGAUUUCCACUUCGUGGGGAUGCCGUCCGGGACGAUCCUGCUGACGCCCAUCAGCGUCAAGAUCCAGGCCCAGCGGAAGCGGCCGGGGCCGCGGGGAGGGACAAGACGAGACUGGGGGGGGAUAAAUAGAUAG